AUGAAGAAUGUGUUGGUCGACUUUUUUGUUCUUGAAAAGUGGUUGUGUUUCCGCCGUGAGAUCGCCAAUGUCGACUUAUCAAUUCUUUCAACAAAGCUACGGCACCGAUGUAAAAUGAGAACAUACGUGCGGACCACAGUACUAGAAGUACUCCGAACGUGGUAG